AUGGAUAAGCUGAAAGUUUUCUCAGUGAACAAUGUUCUUUUGGCAAGACGAGGCCAUUACAUUGUUGGUUCUCUCCUUUUAUCAAAGCAUCAUUUAGUAUUCACGUUUCGGCCAGACCCAUCACUGGAACAACAGAGAGAUAUUUGGAUCUGCUACCCUAUAAUUGAGAAGGUGACUAAGUCAAGAGGGCCAUCAUGGACAGGUAUUACUUCAAGCUCUCCUUCUGGAGCGGAGUUGCCAGUCCCAGCACCACCCGACCUAGAUAACUUUGACAAGUACCUGGCAUCUCAUAUCAGAAUCUUCUGCAAGGAUUUUACUUAUUAUUCAUUUGACUUCCCCAACGAGACUAUGUGUGCUGAUGUAUUUGGUAAGCUUAGCAAGUUGUCGAUGUCUGCUAAGGUGAGUGGCCUGAAGAAAGAACUUUAUGCAUACGAAUACCGGCCCAACGUCAUGGAAACAAAAUUGGACGAUCAAGGGUGGGAUCUUUAUAAUGCUGUUCUGGAAUUUAGGAGGCAGGACCUACUUUCUUCCAAUGACUGUCGUGAAGGCAUGUGGCGCUUAUCUGACAUCAACAUUGAUUACAAACUAUGUCCUUCAUAUCCAAGACAUCUUCUCGUACCAUCUUCAGUUUCAGAUUCUGUUUUACAACACGCGAGUAAGUUCAGACUGAAGCAAAGAAUACCAGCCGUUGUUUACAAGCAUAGAGGAAGCGAAAAUGGCAAUGUCAUUGCUCGUUGUGCCCAGCCUUUGGUUGGCCUUAACUUCCAAACACGGUCACUUCAAGAUGAAAAGUUAGUGGAAGAGAUCUUUAGGUCUCAAGAACGCGAGAAGAAGUUACAGCUAAAGGACGGCUCCAUGUUUGUGGAACAACCUCAGCGAAACUUAAUCGUCGAUUUACGUCCUAUAACGAACGCCAUGGCGCAACACGCAUUAGGUGCGGGAACUGAGAAUGUGGAGAACUACAAAGCGAAGAGAAGCGAGGAUGAGCUGGCUGAUGGGCGGCUUAAGGCGACGCAGACUGUCGAUAAAAUCUUCUGUAACAUUGACAACAUCCACGUCAUGCGUGACUCGUUGAACAAGCUUGUUUCAAUUCUCAGCAAUCUUGACAGGUAUCCUAUAGUUGCCGAUGGAUCUGGAAAAUGCCCCUACCCUCUUUUGCAACAGGCAUUGACAAAGACCCAAUGGCUCCAUCGGCUUUCCAUCAUCCUACAAUCGGUAGAUCGAAUCACCAAGUCUGUUCAUUUGAACAAUACCAAUGUUCUAAUCCAUUGCUCUGAUGGAUGGGACAGAACUUCGCAAGUGUCUGCUUUACUGCAACUAUGUCUUGAUCCAUAUUACCGAACGAUGAAAGGUUUCAUGGUUCUUGUGGAAAAAGAGUGGGUAAGUUUUGGGUUCAAGUUUUCUACGAGGGCAGACCAUGGUGCAUGUAUUGGAGCAACUCUUCCUCCAAAGGAUGAUCAAUCGAGUGAAGCUAACUCCGAGAAUGAAGAUUUUGGUACGGCUAAUCUUUCCACUAAUACCCGGUAUGGAAACUCGUCUUCGGGAGUAUCGCGUGCUAGCGUGGCAGCUUUCCUACUGAAAGCAGCAUCUCAUAUCAAGAACACUGCAUCAGCUGCAGCAUCUUCUGCGUCCGAGCGUGAUAGUCAAAACACUGCAGACGGAGUAUCAAGACAGAUAUAUAAUGGAAGCAGCGAGAGAUCGCCAAUAUUUCAUCAAUUUUUGGAUUGUGUCUACCAAGUACUUCGACAGUAUCCAGAUCAAUUUGAGUUCAACAGCAGGUUUUUAAAAAGGCUAUUUUACCACCAUUAUUCAUGCCAAUACGGUACUUUUCUUUGUGAUUCUGAAUUGGAGAUGUCGCAGCUUUAUCACAUGAAAAAUUCAACGGUGUCAGUCUGGGAUUACUUCUUGUCACGCCCAUCGGAGUUUGUAAAUCCGAAAUAUAGUACUGGUAAUGACGAUGGCGUGCUAUUUUUCAAUUACUCUGAGGUGAAGUGGUGGUACGAGCUUUAUGGUCGGUCUGACGAAGAGAUGAACGGCCUUUCCAAUUCUUUGGAUCGUAACAAAGUUGAUAACGCAAACUCGGUAGUCAUUACCGAUCCAUACGCCAUAUACCAUAAUUAUGCCCUGCUGGGUCUCUUGGAAAAGGACGAAGCGCAACUACGAGUUAUGAAAGAAUUCCAAAAACUAUAUUACCGAGUUGUUGACUACAAACCCCCUCAAGAUAUGGCGAUUCGGACGUCUCUACUUCUUCGAAAAUUAGAGGUAAGGCAUGCCGAGGAAGCCAUGAAGCUACAAUCACUAAGAAAUGAGCCGUUUCACAGAAUUAAGGGCUGGUUCAGGAAAGAUAUAGAGGCCCAGAAGAGGGAUUUGGUCCGAUACAUGACUGAUGAGGAAGAAUUACAGAAUAUUGCUGCUCCCCAAGGUCUCCUAGUCAAUGGAGAGGUUGGGUGUGGCAAGUCUAUGUUAAUGGAUAUUUUUGCUAAUUCUCUUCCUCAUCAUUCUAAGAUGCGUUGGCAUUAUAACAACUUUAUUCUUUGGGUUUUUGGAGAGAUUCAUAAAAUACAAAAGGAAAGAAUGCUCACUGCCUCGGUACAUGGAAAGCACAAGAUGACAAUGGAGAAUGAAUUCAUUCUAUUUGAAAUCGCUCAAAAGAUGAUCAACCGGAGCACCAUUUUUAUGCUUGAUGAAUUUAUGCUUCCAGAUGUGGCUUCUGCUCAGAUAGUGCGUAUUCUAUUUACGUACUAUUUCAAAUUGGGAGGUGUUCUAGUUGCUACAAGUAACAAGCUUCCGGAAGAAUUAUAUUCUACAGAAUUCAACAAAUCUCGCUUUAAAUCUUUUGUCGGCAUCCUCGGCUCUCGUUGCGUGAGUGUCGAUAUGAAGUCAGGCAAAGACUACAGGCUGCAUUUAGCCGAUUCUCUGUCCAAAGCAAAAAACCAUGUGGUGAUAUCGGGUGAUAAAGGACACGAGGAAAAAUGGAACUUUCUUGUCAAAACUUCAGCCUUGGAUAUCGACGAGGCAUCGCCUUUGAUGAAUUCGAGUAUCAAAAUAGAGGAUUUGGAUCUGCGACCAGCUUCGAUCACAGUUUACAAUAGAGAAUCUGAAAUCCCUCAUACUUUUAAAAAUGGGUCGGUAUGCUAUCUAGAUUUCGACUAUAUUUGCAAAGGUUUGUUCUCAUCAUCUGAUUACAUUACACUUGCGUCUGUAUUCAAGACAGUUAUUGUUGACAAUGUCCCUAUAAUGACGACAAAAAUGAAAAAUGAGGCUCGCCGCUUUAUAACUCUUCUUGAUGCCAUAUAUGAGGCAAAGUGUCAAUUCUUCAUGCGCAGUGAAGCAGAUAUCGACAGAUUAUUUUUCCCCGAAGAACAGAAAACAUCUGAAGACAAUUACGAUGCUGUUCAACAGGAAGAAAUGUUUGCGAAGACAGCUAUUGCAGCUAUGAAUCCUUAUAGGCCUAACAUAUCCUCAUAUGACCAGGAUUAUGCAAAGGAGUUUGAAGAUAUGGAUGCCGAGAAAGGUAACCCCGUGAACUUUGGUAACGUGAAAGCUUUCACGGGUGAAGACGAAAAAUUUGCUUACAAACGAGCUAUUCUGAGGAUUGCAGAGAUGGUAGGAUCUGACCACUGGCGAAGUGCUGACCGUUGGAUACCCAUAGAUCAGAGCAUGAGACCUUGGGAGGGCAAUGAGGAACCGAAUUAUGGAACUUACCCUUCUUUGCCCAUAAAUCAGGAUAUUGAGAAUGAUUACAAAGAGCUGGGAGCUGGUUUUCAUCCCCGGGAGUUGAAGAUAGCUCUUCUGGAAACACUUCCUCGUGACGCAAGUGCACAUUACAACGUGCCUUUCCGGGAAUUCAAUCGCAAAGCUGCUCCAAGUUUUACGAGCCUACAGCAUUUUUGGGCAAUGGGCUCAUGGACGCUUGCCCAGCAAAAAAAAAUUAAAGACAAAAUUGCGCUGUCUUGGAUCAGCGGAGGUAUAAGAGAAAAGUAA